CAGAGCACAAAGAGAAAAGAACAAAAAAAAACAUGGAGAUGUGGCUCUUCAUCUUCGUCUCUUUCUCCAUCUCUCUCCUCCUCCACGCCGCCUUCCGUCUCCGCCGCAGCUCCCGCCGCCUUCCGCCGGGCCCCGACAACGCCAUCCCCUUCGUCGGGACCCUCCGGUGGCUCCGGGGAGGCCUCGGCGGUCUCCAGUCCCACGCGCGCCACCUCCACAGCCGUCUCGGCCCCAUCGUCACCCUCCGCAUCGCCACUCGUCCGGCGAUCUUCGUCGCCGACCGCUCUCUCGCCCACCAAGCCCUCGUCCAAAAUGGCGCCGUAUUCGCUGACCGACCUCCGGCUCUUGCGACAAGCAAGGUCUUCUCCAGCAACCAACACAGCAUCACCUCUGCUUCGUACGGACCCACGUGGCGGGUCCUCCGCCGCAAUCUCACCUCCGAGAUGUUCCACCCCUCGCGCGUGAGAUCUUACUCCCACGCGCGUAAAUGGGUCCUUCAGAUUCUCGUGGAUCGGUUCCGGACGAGUGGUGGGCAAGAGCCUGUCGUCGUCGUCGAUCAUCUCCACUACGCCAUGUUUGCACUUCUCGUGCUGAUGUGUUUCGGAGACAAACUCGACGAGAAACAGAUCAAACAGGUCGAACUCGUCCAGCGAAGACCGCUUAUGAGUUUCGGGAGAUUCAAUAUCCUCAAUGUUUGGCCCAAAAUCACCAAAUUUCUUCUCCGGAAGAGAUGGGACGAUUUUCUCCAGUUACGGCGAGACCAAGAAGCCGUGUUGCUUCCUCUGAUUCGUGCUCGGAGGAAGAUGGUCGACGAGAACGCGAAAUCUGGGAUUUCCGACAGUGACAACAAAGACUAUGUCCUGUCGUAUGUCGACACUCUCCUCGAUCUCGAGCUCCCAGACGAGAAGAGGAAGCUCACCGAGGGCGAGAUGGUGAGCCUGUGCUCGGAAUUCCUCAGCGCCGGUACCGACACGACAGCGACGGCCCUUUCGCUGUUUCACAGAAGAACAAUUUUUCCAGAAAACUUUACGGAGAGAGAGAACUUGAAGAUAACUUUCAGUAUAUUCUCAAUAAUCUUUCUUACUUGUAAAGCGUUCUAUACAUUCUCUUAUAUACAACUUGCUCAAGAGGUAAAGUUGCCCUAUACAGUGGUCCCAACAUAAAGGCUAAAAAGUAC